AGCGUGGAGUUCAUUGAAGAGACCCGCCCGUUUGUAGGGCGUGUUAGUGAAUGGCUCCACGGAUGGUAUACAUGCGAGUCUCCUGACACGGGGCUCAGCUGCAGCCGCUCGCAGAACAGGCGUGUACUGUUACAGCCAGAGUGCAGUGAAAACAUCUGCACCCGCUCGGGACAGUAUUAUUAAUAACAACACACUCCUCGCAAUGCAGCACAGCCUAAGCAUCGCUCUGACCUCCGCAGCACUUACCGUCCUCGUCUUCCUUCUCGCCGCCAAGGUUUCCAUGGAUAACGGAUAUGUGCGUUUACGUGAGAGGGAUUUUAACAAUGGAAAAUUCAACUCCGUCGGGGUCUCGCAGCGUAAUGCCUUACUGAGUGAAAUCAAGGAGAGGCACAGGGGACUCCUGCGGUACUAUACUGGCUCCGCCUGGGGCUUUUCAUUGACAUACCGAAAGGGACCGGCGGGUCGCGGCUUGGGGCUGGAAGACGAUACCUUUUCAAGGACCCUUGAGAAGAUAGACGAGGUGCAUGUGAAAGUCCUCAGCACAGGAGCCGUCAGAGCUGCUGCUGCUGCUGCUGCCGGAUGCGAGGAGCUGCGCUCCAUGAGUCACUUUGAGUUCCUCGGAUCGGGCUACACAAAGCUUGUAUUAAAAGGGGUUUUACCAAACGGCACGGCCGUGGCGCUGAAAUCCGUGAACCCACAAGGGGUUGACAUGAAGCGCUGCGUGGAGGGGUUUGGAGACGUGGAGGGCUGCUACAGACUGGUGUCCUACAAACUCAUCAAAGAGAUUGUGCUGUUGCAAAGACUGCAGCACCCUAAUGUCGUCAAGCUCCAAGGCCAUUGCUAUACGAGUGACCCGGGGGUGAGGGUCAGCGCAGUGCUGGAGUUGGGCUCCCCACUGGAGAUGAUUCAGCUCCUGCAGACCCCCUGGGAAGAGCGCUUUCGGGUCUGCAUGAGUCUGGUUAAGCUGCUCCACUACCUGGCCAGCUCUCCCCUUGGCUCGGUGUGUCUCCUGGAUUUCCAGCCUCGUCAGUUUGUCGUGGUGGACGGGGAGCUGAAGCUGAGCGAUAUCGACGAUGCCGUGGCGGGGGAGCUGUCCUGCAGGGAGGACAGCGACUGCACGCUCCAGUUUCCCACCAGGAACUUCAGCUCCCCCUGCUCCGCGGACGGACAGUGCAGAGGGCUGAACGAGAAGAGGAACCUUUAUAAUGCGUUCAGAUAUUUCUUCACAUAUCUGCUGCCACACCGUGCACCCCCCACGCUGCAGACCCUUCUGGAUGGGAUUAUGAAUUCCACAGGGGACCUGAGCAGUGGGAUAAACAAGACGCUGGAAGCAUUUCAAGAGAUUUUGCAUUUGUACAAGUCUGGGCAAUAUUUGCAAAACGUGUCGUCUUCCUUAUUAAAAGAUUACGUAUUAUUAAAGGGAUUUAGAACGAAGGAAAGCAACGACUACAAAUGCUGGCCGUCCUACAAGCAGCAGAGCUGUUUGCUGUCUGUUCACGACAUGAAGGAGGCUGCAGGAAUCUGUAACUCUCACUCCCAGUGCCAGGGCUUCACUGUGGAUCAGCAGAGAACCUGGACAGGGCGGAGCCUCGCGUCAUUCAGAAGUGGUUUCAGUGAUCUGAUCCCAGAUGUUAACUCUGCUAUCUAUGUGAAGAAGGGUGCUGGCUUCAGGGCAACGACAUGAAGAAGAAACGAGAUCACAAGGGGAAGGGAAAACAAACGGAAAGGAAUGUUUGAAGGAAAUGAAUAUGAUAUAUUUCUAUGAUGUGUGUUUUUGUUUUUUGCACUGGGGUUGUUUGAUCUGUGUGUGUCAGCCUACCAUAUCUUUGUUCAGAUUUGUUUUGCUGUUUUAUUUUUGUGGUGUUGUGAUACAUUCCUUUCUUCAAGGCUGCUUUCACAGAAGUCAGAGGCAUUCCUAGAACUGACCCCACCCUGCAUCUCAUACAGUUGUGCUUUUGAUAAUGCAGCAUCCACUGUGCUGCGGUGCCUUGUUGUGAAGCAGCAGAGCAUGAAGCUGCAACACAAGGGGUUCUUUAGUGCACUGAACCCUGACUCUGCGUGUCGGACACUUGAAAUAGCUGAUCUCAGAAAACAGCCAAUCCGGAAUGGGGCUGGGGGCUCGCUAGCAGAACCUUUGCUCUGUGCAGCUGCUGGCAAAUAGCAGCCAAACCAAAACAAAUCAGCUGCUAGCAAAACCACUGUGGUGUGGACUUGGCUUUAACCUCUUGGAAGUGGAAAUCACAACAUAAGACAGGUUAAUGCAAGCAGACAUCUCUGCACCAGAGUGUGUUAAAGGCAAUGUGCACGUGUCUAUAGGGGCUGCUUCAGGAUCCUCUUCCAGCUUACAGAAGUCUGUCUUUGUUACCUGUGUGAUUGUAUUGACUCUGUAUUGGGCUUGUGAGCUGCUGUAGAAAGUGGCAGGACCAGAAGAUGAGUCUGAAUCAGUUUGAACAUGCUGACUGAUGUGAGAACUACGUCAUGAUAUUUGUAACAUGUAUUUGAUUGUGUUUGAAUCGUGAGACCAUGCCCUGUGGGUGUAAUCUGACCUUAUAGGUCGUGUUCAUUCUUUCAAAGAAAGAUCCCAAACAGUAUUUAUGAAACUGGAAAUAUAUAUAAAUGUAAAAUAUUGUAUAAAAUAAAGAAAUUCUGAA